UGGGCAGUGAAAGAGCACAUUGUCGCGCGGCAAUGUUUCAGAUUUGUGUUGAAUAAGGAGAAACGAAAUUAUUUCCACACCCGUAAAUUUGAUUAUUUUAAUUGGAACGAUUUUACACACAAUUUCUUUGGAAAACGCACCCCCAAUAUCAGAGUGUAUUGCUAAAUUCCUGCAUAAAUGGCUGGAAUUCUGUUUGAGGAUAUCUUUGACGUGAAGGACAUUGAUCCAGAUGGGAAAAAGUUUGACAGAGUAUCUCGUCUGCACUGUGAAAGUGAGUCUUUCAAGAUGGACCUCAUCCUUGAUGUAAACAUUCAGAUUUAUCCUGUUGAUCUUGGGGACAAGUUCAGAUUGGUGAUAGCCAGCACAUUGUAUGAGGACGGCACUCCAGAUGAUGGAGAAUACAACCCUCAAGAUGAUAGACCAUCCAGGGCUGAUCAGUUUGACUAUGUCAUGUAUGGUAAGGUGUAUAGGAUUGAAGGAGAUGAGACCUCAACAGAAGCAGCCACACGACUAUCUGCAUAUGUGUCUUAUGGAGGCCUGCUGAUGCGACUUCAAGGGGAUGCCAAUAAUUUGCAUGGAUUUGAAGUGGACUCCAGAGUCUAUCUACUGAUGAAGAAACUUGCUUUCUGAAGAAGCAACAUCUUGCUCUCCACACUUGUGCUGAUUGGAUUGUUUUCCCUCUGCUGUGGAACGUUUAGGGAUGCUCACUUCGUUGGACUUAUGAAAACUUUGGAAAAUGACUUAAUUUAUAAGAAUAUCAUUGCUUUCCUUUGAUAUGAGAGUGAUAUUGCUCAAAAUAUGUGGAUAUAUACUGUAUGUUCAAAUGAUCGGUAAAUGUGACUGCUCAAUAGUUGCAUUGUUUUUCAUUGCUAUUAGUGCAUAUGCACUAUGAUGACCAAGAAAUGUUUUAAAAGAAAAUAAACUUAGAUUUAUGAAUCAUUCCAUGGAUGUGAUGGUGUGUUACAUAAAUCUAAGUUUAUUUUUUCAGUAAAUAUCAUUUUUCUGUAUGAGGUCUUUCAACUGCAUGAAAGUGCCAGUGUGUGCAGUACAUUAUGCAGUGUUGGGGUCAUAGUGGCAUCACAAGAACAAUAAUCAUCAUUGGUACUAGUUUGCAGUUAAAUGAGGGGACCUCGUAAUAUUUUAACCCUUGAUUAUAAUCAAUAUAUUUGAAUUCUGCCACAAAGUAGUACAUUGAAAAUGUAGCUUAACCCAUAGAUAAACUGUCAGGAGAUUUUGGAAAUGUUACCCACCUAUUUUUGAUUUCUGUUAACUAGGAAGGUGCAGAUAAUUGUUACUGAAACUGAAUGAACAUUAACUUGUUCUUUGGAUUAUUUGAAUGUGUGUGCGUGUGUGUGUGUGCGCGCUCGCGUGUUUGUUUUUUACCCCAGAAGGACAGAACUGUUUUUCAUUAAAUAAUUCAAAAAAGUACAAUCAGUCACAAAAUCACAAGUUUUUAAUCAAGAAAUGUAUUACAAGUUAUAUACCAUGAAAAAAAAAUUAAGAGAAAGAUAAAACAAUGUGA